AUGUUCGAAUCGAUUACUGGACAGUUCUUCUUUCCCACUUUGUCAGCAAGACAAAUUAAAUAUGUUGUCACUUAUCUCCAAGACUGCAGUCAGCUUGUUUCCCAUUAUGCCUUCGAUGAAAGGAAUAACUCAAUGCUUACCCUGUCAAAACUCUGCGAAUCUCUAUAUUCUAUACUCUUCUUGGCUGAGGCUGCCGAGUUUUUAUUGAUAACCACCAUUCAGGAGCAUUGCCUCGCUUAUUUUCCUCUAUUACUUAGAGAGAUCCUUCAAAAAGCCCGGAAUUCUAUUGUUGACAGAAAGGAGAGUCGGUUGCUGCAAUAUAUUUCUGAAUUCCUAUUUACUGAAUACGCAGCGGGCUCUCUCAUGAACAAAAUUGUUCAGCUGAUUCGUGAUGCUGCACUUGACUUUCCAUGCAUUAUUUUGCCCUAUCUAUUUCAAUCAGUAUCUAAAUUUCCAUCAGCUCCUGAAUUACUUGUAGAACUUGUCUCUUCUGACCGGCUGUGCUUGCCUUCAGAAGACAAUUUGUAUGAUCUUAUUUUCUCUUGCAAGGUUUUUAUUAACGAUGCCUAUGAAAAACGUCAAAGUUCUACGCAUUUCUUGGACACCCUUGGAAAAUGCAUUCGACUUCCUCUUCUAACCAAGGCCUCGCUUCAACAACUUUUCUUGAGCCCCAUUAUUUCGAAUGAUUUUAGGUGCCUAGUUGAAAAUGUGCUGCGCGAUCUUCCGGUUUGUGAAGGUCCUGGCUUUCUUAACUGUCUAGUAAACCGAAUUCCAGUUGGAUUCCCUAGCUUGCUUUUCAAGCCGAGAGCGGAUCGACCUAUAGCUGUCGUUGUCACCAUCGACUCCUCGAUUAUGCAGGGAGAGUUUAUUAUCAUAUGUCCAACUUCUGGUGCUGCUCGCCGUUUGACAUUGUCUCCCGCAGAUAUGCUUUAUUUAGUGCCUAGUGAAGAGGCUGCGAUAGGUGAAAUCUUUCUACAUAUGGUGUCCAGUGCCUGUGACAUUCGGUCUUGUGGUGGAGCAAACUCGAGUUCCGUGUUUAUUUUCUUCUUUCUUCCGCGAUCAGCUACAGUCUCUGGGUUUUGUGUUUGCUUGGCCAGCCUGCAGGCCAUUCGAAUUCCCCGACUCUAUUUGCCGCCCCCUCUUAUCCAUCAACCGGUUGGUAUUAUAGCACCAGUCUGCUCCAUUAUCCUGUAUUGUCCACCCGAAGAUUUGCCUUAUAUUUACUCCAUCGUGCAAAUAGGCCAUGAGCUGCGGCUCUUUUUAUAUCACCUGGAGCUUGCGAUAGAUAAUCUUCUAACCUGGCGACUAACUAUGGAUGCGCAUCUUCUCGAGUUGCCAGCACGAGCCGUCUGUCGGUUUUACUUUCAAUCGAUGGCCACCCAUUUUGCCUGUAAGAAAGGCUGGAUAUACGCUGGUUACAUGCUUCAAGCGCCUGGUCUACAUUCUGCAUUCUCUUUAGGCCUGCUGCGUUUUUGCUUAUCUACAAAGGAAGGAGAUCGGCCCAUGGUGAUAUUAGAGCACCUACCUCUUGGUGGGUUUGAUCCUCGCUCUACCAGUCUAUUAGCAAUAAACGUUCCUGUUGGACUAAAUAAUAACGGUGAGUUAUCUGCAUAA